UUCCGAUUCACAGCCUUUUGAGUGCAAAGAAGCAGCCCCGUUUGCUUCCUUCUCAGAUCCAGGCGGCAGGCGAAAGCGCGGCGCGAGGAAAGGCUGGGCAGUGCCGCCUUCUCUUUUAACCGGAUGUGUUGGCGCUGGCGGCUGAACAAUGAAGUUCAAGUACGUCGUGCUGGGCAUGCUGUAUUUUGUCCAAGGAAUCCCGUACGGGCUCCAGUCUGGACUGCUGCCAAUCUACUUCCGAACCUUGGGCCUCUCCUUCACCAAGAUCAGCCUGGCUAAAGUGCUUUACACGCCUUGGAUCCUCAAGGUGAUGUGGGCACCUUUAGUGGACCAGUAUUUCACCAAGAAGACCUGGCUGAUGCUGACUAUGUGGGGCUUGGUGCUAGCCUGCCUGGCCUGCUCCCUCAUGACCCCAGAGGCAAACUUCCUCCCUGUGGCUGCCAUCCUUCUGCUCAUGAACGUCUUUGUCUCCAUCCAGGACAUUGCGGCCGACGGGGUGGCCAUCCGGCUUCUGGGGCAGGAUGAGGUGGGGUACGGCAACACCGUCCAAGUGGUGGCCUACAAACUGGGCUCCGUGUUGGCAGGAGGGGGCCUGCUCACCUUCCUCCAUCGCCUGGGCUGGGGCAGCCUCUUUGUGUACCUGGCUGCCAUGUACACCCUGGCUAUUGUCGUCACCUGGAAUUCUGACCUGAGGCUGAGACGGAGUUACCUGUCUCAGGACCGCUGUGUCAGAGACAGGACCUUCAACCCCUGGCACAUCCUCCAAGAGCUGCUCCAGGUGCCCGAUACGCUGUGGACUGCUGGCUUCGUCCUCAUCUAUAAGCUGGGCGAGCAGGGGUCUAUUUCCAUGUUCCCCCUCUUCCUCCUGGAGCGUGACUUCUCUGCGCAGAAGCUUGGCUUCUGGAACGGGAUUGUGGCCAUGAUCUUCUCCAUUGUAGGCUCCUCACUGGGGGGGCAUCUGAUAUCAAAGCAGAGCCCCCCCUUGCCCACACUGAAGGCCUUGUUGGCCCUCCGCGCCUGCUGCCUCGUCUUCCAGAUACUCCUGAUGGUCGCCUAUAAGGACAAAGAGCCUGCCUCCGAAGUCGCAGCUGUGCUGAGCAUCUGUGUCCAGCACUUCAUCGCGGGGUUGAUAACCACUCUGACGUUCAGCAUGAUGAUGUACUGUACCCAAAAGGCCAAGGAGAGUGUGCAGGCCACUCACUACAGCUUCCUGGCCACCCUGGAAGUGCUGGGCAAGCUGGUGUUCAGCACCCUGUCCGGCAGCCUAGUGGACUGGCUGGGUUUCACCCGUGCCUUUGGCGUCUUCUUCAGCCUCUCCUUCGCCUCCAUCGUGUACUUACUGCCCGUCAGAAGUUGACAGCCGCCGUGAGGAGGACAGCCUGAUGCGAGGCAGGGUUGCCGUCGGCAAGAGACGGACACUCAGGGAGGCUUCCCAGGUCGCCACAACCCUGGAAGUGAAGUGCCCUGGGAUCCUGCAGCUCUUUGUGAGGAGAAGCUGAGCAGGAGCCUUCUGAAUGCUGAACUCGUCUCUGAACUCGUCUCUUUGCCAGGCCUCCUUGCAGGAGGGUUGUGUGUGCGUGGUGUGUGUGUGUCUUUACAGAAGACCCAUGAAGAAACUUUCCAGAGGAGGGGCGGCACUGCAGUUCACGCUAAACACGUGCUUCAUUAGCUUUCUUGGAAACUUU